CGCGGAGCGGGCGGGGGGCGAGGGACGGACAGACGGACGGACAGACGGACGGGGGGUGAGAGGAUGUGAAGAUGGCGGAGCUGCAGAUGCUGCUGGAGGAGGAGAUCCCGGGGGGGCGCCGGGCCCUGUUCGACAGCUACACGAACCUGGAGCGGGUGGCCGAGUACUGCGAGACCAACUACAUCCAGUCAGCAGAUAAGCAGCGAGCCCUGGAAGAAACCAAAGCCUACACAACGCAGUCGUUAGCAAGCGUAGCCUAUCUGAUCAACACUUUGGCCAACAAUGUUCUCCAGAUGCUGGAUAUCCAGGCAUCCCAGCUCCGGCGCAUGGAAUCUUCAAUCAACCACAUUUCACAAACGGUGGACAUUCACAAAGAGAAAGUUGCUAGAAGAGAAAUUGGUAUCUUGACUACAAACAAAAACACCUCAAGAACUCACAAAAUCAUUGCACCAGCUAACUUGGAGCGACCAGUUCGCUACAUCAGGAAACCUAUUGAUUAUACAAUUCUAGAUGAUAUUGGACAUGGAGUGAAGGUCAGCACCCAGAAUAUGAAGAUGGGUGGGCUGCCUCGCACAACACCGCCCACCCAGAAGCCACCAAGUCCACCGAUGUCAGGAAAAGGAACUAUUGGGCGGCACUCCCCGUACCGCACGCUGGAGCCGGUGCGGCCCCCGGUGGUGCCCAACGAUUACGUGCCGAGCCCGACGCGCACCAUGGCCCCGGCGCAGCAGAGCCCCGUCAGGACGGCCUCGGUGAACCAGCGCAACCGCACCUACAGCAGCAGCGGCAGUAGUGGGGGAAGCCACCCAAGCAGUCGGAGCAGCAGUCGAGAGAACAGUGGAAGUGGAAGUGUGGGUGUCCCCAUUGCUGUUCCCACGCCAUCUCCUCCCAGUGUCUAUCCAGGUCACCCCGUUCAGUUCUACAGCAUGAACAGGCCUGCAGCUCGGCACACGCCCCCCACCAUCGGCGGCUCUUUGCCGUACCGGCGCCCUCCCUCCAUCACGUCACAGACCAGCCUGCAGAGCCAGAUGAACGGGGGCCCCUUCUACAACCAGAACCCGGCAUCCCUUGCUCCUCCUCCCCCCUCCAUCCUACAGGUAACUCCACAGUUACCACUAAUGGGAUUUGUGGCCAGAGUUCAAGAAAACAUUUCAGAUACUCCUCCCCCGCCACCGCCCGUGGACGAGGCAGUGUUCGAUGAGUCUCCCCCUCCCCCGCCACCCCCGGAGGAUUAUGAGGAGGAGGAAGCGGCUGUGGUGGAGUACAGCGAUCCCUAUGCGGAGGAGGACCCUCCCUGGGCACCCAGGACAUACCUAGAGAAGGUGGUGGCAAUCUAUGACUACACCAAGGACAAGGAAGAUGAGCUCUCGUUUCAGGAAGGUGCCAUCAUUUACGUCAUCAAGAAAAAUGAUGAUGGCUGGUAUGAGGGGGUCAUGAAUGGAGUGACAGGGCUGUUCCCGGGCAACUAUGUGGAGUCCAUCAUGCAUUACUCAGAGUGAAGACCAGAGGACAGAGCACUGCAUCUCCUGCUGCAGGAGCUGUCAGCGCUUCCCAGAUCUCCACCAGCCUCUGGGGCCCCAUCCAGUGUAACUGAAUGAAGGAUAAUUGUAACAACCACUCUUUUGGGUUUGUUUUUUUUUUUCUUUCCCCCCUCAUAAUAAGACAAUAGUGAUUUGAGUUGUUUGAAGAAAUGGCUCUUCAGCUGCCAGCAGAGGCUAUCCUGAGCUAUCUGACUUUGAAUUAAGCUGACCCAUUCAGAUGUAACAAACUUGUUGAUUAGCUCAUACUUCACUCGAAUUCUGACUUCUGACAGGCCUUGGGAUCUGUCUCAGGAAUCCUGUGUGCCCUCACAGUUCUACCGUUGGAAGCAGUGCCUGGCACUGGGGAUGUCCUGGAUGCUUGUGAAGGUCACUGGCCAGUGGACAUCCCUCCUGUCCUACACCACACUCCCGUGCAGCUGGAAGAACAGUCAUGUAAUCCUAGCAAACGCUGGGGUUUCUGCACAGAGACGUUCCUGUAACUGACUUCCAGACAGCUGGAUUCUGCACUCGUGGGCUGACACAGGGCACACAGAGCCGGCUUUCAUUCACUCACCUUUGAGUUCAGACAAUUCAAAUGGCUGCAGCCCCGAAACCCCCGCCCCCAUUUCUCAUCUUCUGAAUGCCACAUAUUUGUUUUGUGUUCUGCACUGAUGUAACUGUGCUCCUCUCCACAGCGAGCUCCUUGCCACGGGUGCUGCCGGUUCAAACAGAACUCACAGAUGCCGUUGAUGGUGAAGGCGAAACAAAGUUUACAGGUCCUCCUGGGGUCUGAGGAUUAACUCUAGGGGGUGUGAUCUAAGGUUCAAAUCUACUCAUGCCUGCUUGCACUAGAGAAACUUGCCCCAACUUUAGUUUUAUGCACAAUAUAAUCUUAAAAAUCCAAUCAGGUAUUGUAAAUUGGCUAUUUUGUACUUGAUGACUAGAUUUGCAUAUGUACUGUGAGAGCCCUGUGCAGAGGCAGGACAAACGGCAAUUGUUGUCUUCGUGUCUGCUGCCAAAAUCUCUUCGGCGGAAGCAAAAAGGGCUGUUGUGUGUACUGGUUUCCCAUGGAAAUCCAAGCAGUAACUAGUAGUAGUCCUAGUUCUUCCCCUAGCCCUCUCCACUGUUUAUUAUAAUAGAUAUUUUGAGCUAUACUGGUGGCUUGGGGUGAAGUAAUACCAAGUGAAGGCCCUGUAGCCCCUUGUGAUGAUACUUGGCUUUCUGAUCUAGUCUCAGUUAAAAAUUCUGCUCAGUGAUUGUACACAGCAGAUCACUCGCGUGCCCUUAGGAACAUCUAAAUAUUACCUUUGGGUAAAUACCAUGUGUUAACUGAGUAAAUUUCCUGUUAAGGCUUGUUAGCCUGUGAAUUGAGCUGAUCUGUAUCGCAAGAGCCUCCUGGGCAGCUCCAGCCUGUCACCUGGGCAGCUCCAGCCUGUCACCUGGGCAGCUCCAGCCUGUCAGCUGGGCAGCUCCAGCCUGUCAGCUGGGCAGCUCCAGCCUGUCACCUGGCCGAGUUGUAGCUGGUACCAAGAGAAGCGUGUCCGAGGUGAGGCCGGUGUUAAAGCAGAGCAGUGCACAGUGGAAUGGGCCUGGCUGUGUGGUGGCACUGGCACCAGUACAGGUCACUGACCCUGCCCCUUGCUUGGUAGUUAGUGCAGUACCAGCAUGGAGGUGCAGGCUUGGUGCCAGCCUGGGCAGGGAGGUGCCAUAGCUGCUCAGAGGGGAAGAAGGAAGAAACAAAUAGGUGUGUUUUUAGGCCAUGGAGGAAUGUGAUCACCUGCUGUGAGCUUGUGGAACUCCUGUGACAGCGCACAAGAAACUGCUUCGGGUAAAGUCUGCAGGAAGGACAAUUUAGAAGAAACUCGUGCAGAUAGAAGUCGCUUUCUCCCUUGCUAAUCCACAUUGUUUUCUUUCUGGAAGCUGACAGUGUAGUUUAGGAUGGGUGCCAGAACAGAUACCCUUUGAACCCUUUAAUCUCUGAAAAGUUUUCUUGCAGCAAGACUAAAAGAAGCAGCCAUAUUCAGUUCCCUCAGCCCAUCAUUUCUGUGGAAGCAAGUCCAGAACCACUGGCUGUGCAGUCACUGGAGUAACUGUUUCUAGUGUCACUGGGCAGGUCUAAGCUUUUGGCACAGGGAGGUGGUGCUUCUGACAAAGUUGAUUGAACAGCAGCAUUCACCAGCCUUUGGUGCUUACAGGGGAGCUGUUUUCCAGGAAUAGCAGAGCUUUCAUGGCUUUUCUUGCCUUGCAUAUGUUUGUGGUAAAAUCUGAGCCCACAGUGCUCAAAUGCAUCGUUAGGGCAGCCUAAUGAGUUCCUAAGUGAGAGCUGAACCUCUGUGUGCACCCAAGCUGCAGCUGGCAGGUCACACUGUAGUGAAAUGUGUCUUAACCCAGUCUGAGCGAGAGCUUGUGCUUGAACACUUCUGAUGGGGUAGUGUGUACUCCCACUGUGUGUGAUACUUAAUCUUCAGUCAGCUGGUUUUUCAUCUUGCAAGUUUUGUUUUGUGAGAGCAGAGCAGUGUGAGAGGAACGCAUGCCAGAGCCCAGCACAGAAGAUGAGGCUGCAAAACCCUGAGAGUGAAAUAUGUGACAGCUCCUGAAGAAGUGGCUUUGGUCUGAUGGGCCAGGGUUUAGUUUGCUCCCUGCUGAUAGUACAUGGAAUUGUUUAUCCUGCAAGAACUGCUGUGGAUGGAAUUUCUGGGUCACCUCCUGCUGGUUUUAUGCUUUAUUAUGCAGUACUAAUGUAAAGAAAUUUGUUGAGUUUUACGCAUAUUUUUAUUUUGUACAGAUUUUAAUUCCGUUGCUUGUUUGGGGAUGAUGUGAUGUAAUGGUCAUAGACCAGGCCAAGGUAAACAGGCUUUGUAUAUUAAUGUUACAUAGAUUGCAUGCUAGUAAAGUCAGUGAGGGUUGUGUUUCCAGUUUUGUCCCUUGUACUUCUCCUUGUCCAAAACCUUCUCUUCCUCACCCCUUUUUAAUUUACAGGUUUACUUUGAAAGGGGGUGGCAAAUGGGGGGUGGGUAGAAACACGUCAGUAUGUUAAAUAAGGUGCACAAAAUCUCUUCAUUGCUGAGUUUUGCUGCCACAGCUCAUGGUGUUCUGCAUCACAGGCUGUUGAAGCGGGAGUGUGUAUGCAUGAGAGGUGGGGGAAGGAGACACUCCAGCAUAGCCCAAAGAGUGCUGAAUGGCCAAAAUGUAUAUGUUUCUCCCUUUGUGAGAACUGCCUUAGCCCAGCCAGCUGUUUUUGUUGUGCACAGAAAUUGUUCAGCAUCCUCUAGCGGUGUAUUUUGCCUUGGUUUGCUGUGUAUCAAAGAUUUCUUCCUUCCUCUUGGCGCCAGGGACGAAGCUAUUAACUACAGCUGCCCCUCCGUCACGUGGCUGCAUGAGAGGAGGGCUGAGCGAGUCUGUCCACAUCUAGUGCUGAAGCAGGUUCAUUCUGGUGCCUUCACUCCAGCCGAAGAGCGAUAGCUGAGGGUGCUUGUGUCUCACCCAUUCUUUCCCCUCCUUUUUGCCUUCCCCCCAGCUGUUGCAGCAGAGGGCUGAGAGGAGCAGGAGAGGCGACCAGCCAAGUCUGUGCUUGAGUGUCCUGAGGGUGUGUCCAGUGCACUGGCUGGAGGAGGCAGCAGAGAGCUGAAGCAAUGCUGGAGCACUUGCUGCUCUGACUGGUUAGACACAGACACACACUGAGGCACUGAAGAGCCACUGCUCUCCCUGGAGAACAAGAGGUGUGCCGUGGCACUGAGGUAGAUGACAGAGCUUGGGGUGUGUUGCCAGGAGGCUGACCAUGUUCUGGGAUUCAGACUGUCCUUGCAGAUAGUUGAGGUGAAUGUCAUGAAAGUGGCUGGAGAGGUCUCUGCCAGUGUGAGCCACAGGUCCUGUGGGUGGCUUACCUGUGAGUGCCAGAAAGGCUUAGACCCAGCUAGUUCUUGCUAGAGCAGUUCAUUCUCCUUUCACAGCUGCUGGGCAUCUUCUUUUCUUGCUGCUGAAGGUUCUUAGUGACAGCCAAAGUUGACAGUGGAAGUAAUGCAGCUUCUGAAAAGUGCCGCUUCUACCGGGGGUAUUUCUGUUGAUCAUGAAAAGAAAGCGAGGAGGCAGCAGGACUGAGAAGCCUUUUCCAGCAGAGGCCAUGUGGGCUGCCUGCCUGCUGUGGCUGUGCACGUUGUUGACUAGAGGUGGAAGAGGACUGUGCACUCAUCUGUUGUGCUUCUGUGGUGUCUCCCACCUGUGCUUGAUGGUGACUUCAUGCUGUGUUCUUCCUAGCAACUUCCACCACUUCCUGGCAGAUGCUGUGGAUGUGCCUCUGCUGGAAACAAGCUUGCAUUUUUAUUAGUUACAUCCGUGGGCUCCAGGCAUAGAGCUAAACUUCUGCAUUUUCCUUUCUGGAAAGGAUGGACUUUACCUGGUUUAGUCAUCUGGGAGCAUUUACAGAGCUUCUCCUCCCAGAGGUGCAACAGGCUAUUUUGUAGUACAGGUGACAUCUGUAUUCUCUGCAGGCCCUUUUUUGGAAGCUGCUUCGAGGACGCUGUUGAAGAGACCAGGGUGCUGUGGCUUUACCAGGAGCAGUAGUUGCAUUCAAAGUAUCAAGUGUCACUGGUGAAGCACUGCAGCGUUUCAGGCAGCAUUACAAACCCCAUGCAGGGACUUGUACCUGUGAACACUGCAACGCUGUUGCAUUCACUAAGGCAAAUAUUUAUAACACUAACCUCUAGGGAUGGUGGUGGAAACUGAGCCCCAGCCAGAUCAUGGGCUACAGCUUCUGGGGUGCCAGUUACAAGAAUUUACUGUGCUACAGGUGUAUUCACCUUGCCCAGCUUCUGGCAGCUCCCAGUAUUUGGCACAGCUGCAUUUUUGUGGAUAAAAUGGUUACUGCGCAGAGGUCGGAACAGUACAAGAAGGGAACAAUGUGUGGGUUGGGGAUUUUCCCCUGCAGUAGCUGAAGUCAAUGCAUAGUAACAGCCCUAUUUAGCUACUUCCAAUGUUAAAACUUCAAGGGUAGUGGGACCCCCACCGCACUUCCGUGGGGAUGUGCUGAAAGCUUUAUGCAGCCAAGGUUGGACAACGGCUGUUAGAAAGAAUAAUUCACAGAUCAUGGUGUUCUGCUGCUUUCAUUCGGAAAAAACCCCACCCGUGUGUUAUGUGUAAUCUCCAGCUCAUGCAGGAAGAGGUUUGGGGGGGUUUUUGUAUUCUAAAUAUACUACUUUUAUUAGCACCUGUGCUUAUUACAAGACAUAUUAGAAAACAGUGGUGGCAGCAGUGGCCUGCUGUCCAGAGGUAAGCCUGCACCCAGGACCCUGCUGAAAUGGGUGCAGUACGUUUGUUCCAGUUUCUCUUUACACCUCUGAAGAAUCCUGCUACUACUGACUAAUAGGAAGAGCUGUGUACAAAUUUAUUUCCAUUACAGCGCCUCAGUAAGUGCUGACAUGUCCGAGACUUUUUUGUAAAGAACAAGUGCUUCUUUUCACAUUUGAAAAAGUGUCUUUUGCAACUUGCAUGGACAAGUAGUUUCUAUGAAUUCUCUGGAGAUGUCAGUGUCUAACAUGGAUUUUGUCCAUGCACUUUUCUGAAAGCAGAUUCCCCCCAAUUUGGUUUGCAGUUGGAGCAGCACGCCGUGCUUUGCUUUUGGCGCUGCCGCUGCAGUGGAUGGGUGCAGAGCCCGCUGUCAGUGACCAAGCCCGCAGGACUCUGGGGAGCUGUAUGCCGCCAGUAACGUUUUAGUGUGUGUGCCAUUUGAACCACCUUCCAGUGAGUGCAAAACCCAAUUUUUAAAUUUUUUUAAUUGUACUUGGAAUUAACUGUUGCUGUGUACUAAACCCUCUUGUUAUGAGCCCUAAAUAAAAAGAACAAAGCACA